CCGGCUAGGCUGGGCACUCGGUUCCCCACGCUGCGCUCCGCCGCACUCGCCCGCAGCCGCCGCCAGCCCCGCGCAGCUCUGCUCGGCAACCUUCUCCAAAGGCGAAAAUGUCCCACCCCACAGAGACCGAGCGCUGCAUCGAGUCCCUGAUCGCUGUUUUCCAGAAGUAUGCUGGGAAGGACAACAACAGCCUCACCCUCUCCAAGACAGAGUUCCUGACCUUCAUGAACACCGAGCUGGCUGCCUUCACGAAGAACCAGAAGGACCCCGGUGUCCUUGACCGCAUGAUGAAGAAGCUGGACCUCAACAGCGACGGGAAGCUUGAUUUCCAAGAAUUCCUCAACCUUGUUGGUGGCUUGGCCAUCGCCUGCCAUGAGUCCUUUGUCAAGGCCCAGAAGCGUUUCUGAGGCCCCUGUGGCACUGGCAGAGCCACCCUGUGUGCUGUCCUUCCCCCUCCCAACCCCCCACACCCACCACUCCACACUGGCCGCUCCUGCUGGCAGUAAUAAAGCAAUACAUUUGUAUCUUUUUUUUUAUGACACACA